AUGUUGAACACGAGUAACGCAGCCACUGGUACCACUAGUAACACAGCCACUGGUACCACUAGUAACGCAGCCACUGGUAACGCAGCCACCGGUACCACUAGUAACGCAGCCACCGGUAACACUAGUAACGCAGCCACCGGUACCACUAGUAACGCAGCCACCGGUAACACUAGUAACGCAGCCACCGGUAACACUAGUAACGCAGCCACCGGUAACACUAGUAACGCAGCCACCGGUAACACUAGUAACGCAGCCACCAGUAACACUAGUAACGCAGCCACCGGUAACACUAGUAACGCAGCCACCGGUAACACUAGUAACGCAGCCACCGGUACCACUACCACCGGUAACACUAGUAACGCAGCCACCGGUACCACUAGUAACGCAGCCACCGGUACCACUAGUAACGCAGCCACCGGUACCACUAGUAACGCAGCCACUGGUACCACUAGUAACGCAGCCACCGGUAACACUAGUAACGCAGCCACCGGUAACACUAGUAACGCAGCCACUGGUACCACUAGUAACGCAGCCACCGGUACCACUAGUAACGCAGCCACCGGUACCACUAGUAACGCAGCCACCGGUACCACUAGUAACGCAGCCACCGGUACCACUACCACCGGUACCACUAGUAACGCAGCCACCGGUAACACUAGUAACGCAGCCACCGGUAACACUAGUAACGCAGCCACCGGUAACACUAGUAACGCAGCCACCAGUAACACUAGUAACGCAGCCACCGGUACCACUAGUAACGCAGCCACCGGUACCACUAGUAACGCAGCCACCGGUACCACUAGUAACGCAGCCACCGGUACCACUAGUAACGCAGCCACCGGUACCACUAGUAACGCAGCCACCGGUACCACUAGUAACGCAGCCACUGGUACCACUAGUAACGCAGCCACUGGUACCACUAGUAACGCAGCCACCGGUACCACUAGUAACGCAGCCACCGGUACCACUACCACUGGUACCACUAGUAACGCAGCCACCGGUACCACUAGUAACGCAGCCACCGGUACCACUAGUAACGCAGCCACCGGUACCACUAGUAACGCAGCCACCGGUACCACUAGUAACGCAGCCACCGGUACCACUAGUAACGCAGCCACCGGUACCACUACCACCGGUAACACUAGUAACGCAGCCACUGGUACCACUAGUAACGCAGCCACUGGUAACGCAGCCACCGGUACCACUAGUAACGCAGCCACUGGUAACACUAGUAACGCAGCCACCGGUACCACUAGUAACGCAGCCACCGGUAACACUAGUAACGCAGCCACCGGUAACACUAGUAACGCAGCCAACGGUAACACUAGUAACGCAGCCACCGGUACCACUAGUAACACAGCCACUAGUAACGCAGCCACCGGUAACACUACCACCGGUAACACUAGUAACGCAGCCACCGGUACCACUAGUAACGCAGCCACCGGUAACACUAGUAACGCAGCCACUGGUAACACUAGUAACGCAGCCACUGGUACCACUACCACUGGUAACACUAGUAACGCAGCCACCGGUAACACUAGUAACGCAGCCACCGGUAACACUAGUAACGCAGCCACCGGUAACACUAGUAACGCAGCCACCGGUAACACUAGUAACGCAGCCACCGGUACCACUAGUAACGCAGCCACCGGUAACACUAGUAACGCAGCCACCGGUAACACUAGUAACGCAGCCACCGGUAACACUAGUAACGCAGCCACUGGUACCACUAGUAACGCAGCCACCGGUACCACUAGUAACGCAGCCACUGGUACCACUAGUAACGCAGCCACUGGUACCACUAGUAACGCAGCCACUGCUUCCACAUCAUCUCCCGACAUGCUCAGACAUGGAUGGACGGUGACCUGGCUGCUAAUCUCGCAGUGGAUCUUGAACGACCUGGCUGGUAUGUGUAGGCCAGCAUCCCGGAGUCGCCUCUUCACUGUGGAUGUUGAGACUGGUGUUUUGCGGUUAUGCACCGAAGCCUCCCACUCUUUCUAUUCUGGUUAG